CAAUUGAGGGCGGUGUGUCUUGCAUUUAUUUGUUUUUGUACAAGCUUACAAGCUAACUUCGAGCUGCUGUACAGUACAGUACUGUGCUUACUAAUUCACGACUCUUUGCAGAACAUGUCCAAGAAAGAAGAUAAAUCUGGAGGGUACGAUUACUCAUUUCUAGGCACCCCUGAUGAUGAUCUAGUAUGCUCAAUAUGUCUACUGGUUCAGAGAGAGCCUGUCCUUACGAGCUGCUGUGGUAACCAUUUCUGUUUAACCUGUAUAGAGAGUGUGCGUUCCCAAAACAUGUCUUGUCCGCUUUGUAACGCUCUAAAUUUCUCAACGAUGAUUGACAAGUAUUUUGUGAGGAAGACAAAAGAAUUGAAUGUCCGAUGUCCCCAGAAAGGUUGUCUGUGGGAAGGAACGUUGGGAUCGCUUGAACAUCACCGUGAUAUUGAGAUUGGAGAUUGCAAAUUUUUGAUUACUACUUGUCCAAAUUCUUGUGGAAAGCGGAUUUCAUCGGUGCAACUGGACGAACAUUGUAAAGUGUGCCCCAGACGUCCGCACGUUUGUAAGUUCUGUGAGUACAAAGGAAUCUAUGAAGAUAUGAGCUCAAAGCAUUGGACUGUGUGUGAGAACUACCCCUUGCCCUGCCCCAAUAGAUGUGGAAUGCUGGAUAUAAAAAGAAAAUAUUUGAAGUCACAUCAAGAGUCUGAUUGUCUAUUGGAAUUGGUCGAGUGUGAUUUUGCGUUUGGAGGUUGUCAAGUACGUAUCCCACGUGGGGAAUUGCCCAAACAUUUACUGGAAAAUACCCACAAUCAUCUGAUGAUAGUAUCUACACAAUGUACACAGCUUAUGAAACAGCUCCCAAGGGAUUUCAAUCAGACGAUACACCAGGAAUUAGCCGCUCGAGAUGCUGAAAUACUCAAAAUACAAGACCAACUAAAUCAACGAGACCAAGAAGUAAAACAGUUAAAGGCACGUCUACAAGCUGUCGAGGAAGAUUUAGACGAUGUAAAGUCAGAUUGUCAUGUGCUGAAAUCGACCGUGUUUGUCCCACCAGUUGAGUUUGUGAUGACUGACUUUAUGAGAUAUAAGCGAAACGCGUUGCAAUGGCUUGGUUCACCAUUUUACUCCCACCUUGGUGGGUACUGCUUGUGCUUGAGUGUGGAUGCUAACGGCUCUGAGGAUGGUAAGGGAACGCACAUUUCAGUGUAUGUUAAUCUCAUGAAGGGAGAGUUCGACGAGCACCUACGAUGGCCGUUUAGAGGAAACGUCAAAGUGGUGCUGUGUAACCUGCGUCAAAGUGAAGGCUCGAUUGCGGAGAGCAUUAUGUUUGGUUAUGAUACACCUCCAGAGGUGUCUGGGAGAGUACAUAGUGAAGUUGCUGAAAGUGGUCUUGGGAUACCCAAGUUUAUAGAACAUGCUCAACUGGGGUUCAAUCCAUCCAAGAACACCGAGUUUCUGAAGAAUAACUGUCUUUGUUUGAAAGUGUGUAGUGUAGCAACUGAUUAGAAUCACUUUCAUUGUUUAUUUCUAAGUAGUUAUAUUGUCAUAGGAAAAGACUGCACAUUGUAAUGACUAUAGUUACAUGCAUAUUGUCUCGGUUUAUAUACAGCUAUACAUAUCAAGUGUUUUACAGCCAUCA